GAUAGUCAGUGACAGAGAAAAUAGACAUUGACAGCCAUGGGGAAAGGACAACACAUCUUCUUUUUCAUCUUUAUGGUGUUACAACUGAUUGCUGCAGACCUUACGACCAUCAAGGUCGGCGGAAGUGAUAACUCGAACUGUGGCUCCACCUACACUUGCGGUGAUACUGAUGACUCUUACAUAAUCUCUUGGGAAGGUCGAUCGGUAACUGACGGAUGUAAAUUGACCUUUAAAGGAGAAAAUGACCUCAAGGUGUGUGCUGAUGGGAGGGCACAUACCAUUGAUAGAUGCCAAGAAAAAAUUAGCAUUUAUGACGGAACCGACAUCAUUUCUACACAGUCUCAGUCGAUCCAUUGUACAUCAAGGUCUGCCAGGUUAUGUAGCGAGAGCGAAGGGACGAUAACCGUGAAGUUUAAGGAUGCUGACUACUCCUCCUCCUCUAAUGUCACGAUCAAAGUAUAUGGACAAAUACAAGAGGGUGAUGAUGACGACGAUAAUUACUAUUAUCUCAUACAGCCUAUUGCGACCGCAGCAGGAGUCGUUGUAGUCCUCAUUGCUACUGCUGUCGGUUGGUUCAUCUUCUGGAGAAUUUCAAAGAAACGAGAACAGCAGCGAAAACAGACGAUGUCAGCUAACAAGCCGUUAAGUUGGGCUGAACAAGCACAAGCCCAGCAGAACCAGGGCUACACAUACAACACUCCACAAGCCCAGCAGAACCAGGGCUACACAUACAACACUCCACAAGCCCAGCAGAACCAGGGCUACACAUACAACACAGCCCAGAAUAGCAUGUAUCCAGUGGCCCCCCAGCAGGGAGGAGCAUAUCCCGUGGGGAAACCCAACUAAACGUAUAUAGUUUUUGCAUGUCUCUUAACAUUUGACGACAGGAUAAUGUACAUCUAUAUCUUUCUCUUAAUAUUUUACAACAGAAUGAAGGCAGAUCUCUUGACAUUUUACGACAGCAGAAUGUAGGCAAGUCUCUUGACAUUUUACGACAACAGAAUGAAGGCAAAUCUCUUGACAUUUUACGACAGCAGAAUUUAGGCAAGUCUCUUGACAUUUUACGACAGCAGAAUUUAGGCAAGUCUCUUGACAUUUUACGACAGCAGAAUGUAGGCAAGUCUCUUGACAUUUUACGACAGCAGAAUUUAGGCAAGUCUCUUGACAUUUUACGACAGCAGAAUGUACGCAAAUCUCUUGACAUUUUACGACAACAGAAUGUACGAAAGUCUCUUAAUAUUUUACAACAGAAUGUUGUCCGGAACGUAAGAGACACAAACCAUUUGAUGCCUGUCUGGAAACGCUCCCUUUCAUCCAAAUAUUAUUUCCAAAUACAACGUCAUUAUCUCAUGCCCUCCUGUCUGUCAACAUUGUAAUUACAUACUAAAAUGCUUAUACCUGAAUCAUAUAUCAAUCAGAGUACGAUGAAGUGGUGUUACCAUAACUUUGAACCUUGAUGAGAGCUACUUAACUAAUCCCUGCCAGAAUCUAAGGGACUUGAAUCCCGUCGUAAUUGUAUUGAAGUAAUCUUACUGUACUUUCAUUGACAUUAAGUCAUUAUGACUUGGGCAAUCAAUAUUAUAUCAGUGUAUGUAACGUGUUCAUCUAGAUAUACAAUGUGGUCACUGUUACCAUUUCUAAGAUACGCUAGAAAAACGCUACAUUAAUGUUCAAUUCGGUGAAGUUUUGUACACCGUGUUGAGAUAUUGUUACCUUUGUGCCUUUGUACAUUCCUUCCAUAUAAACAUCACAAGUAGAAUUAAUCGGAGAGUGAAUCACGAGCUCAACUGCCAGAAAUGUACGUUCAGUUGGAGCGGAAUCAUGGCCAUUGGCUAGUUGUUAUAAUUCAAAUGAUUGUCGACUUCAGUGUGUAAGCUUUAUGUGAUAUCACAAUGAUGAUUGUCACAGUUGUAAAUACAGAUAUAUAUUUUUCAAAUUGGUGAAAAACAUGACAGACAUAACGGGAAAAGUUUAUCUAUUGAUUUAUCACCAAUAUAAAGAAAUACGGGUGAUUUUUUGUUUCAGAAAAUAAUGCGCGAUUCAUCUGUCUUGAAGACAAAUACCAAAAAUGUUU